GUAUUAUUCAUUCAUUCAUUCAUUCGCUCAUUCAUUCAUUCAUUCAGUCAUUUAGUAAUUAAUCAAUCGCCGAUUGAUUGAUUGAUUGAUUGAUUGAUUGAUUGAUUGAUUGAUUGAUUACGGUGAUCAAUCGGUGAUUGAUCAGUCCAGAAUCAUGACGGUGCGAGGAUUGAAAAAGAUGGAGGAGGUCGGUGAAGACGAUUUCUUCUUCGACGAUGACGGUGAUGACGACGGCAAUGAUGAUGAUGACGUCAACGAUGAUGAUGGCGGCGGAGAAGCUGGGAGCAAACGACACGAGGAGGUGGAGAGAGAGUGGCGUGCAAGAGAGCAGCUGUUCAGAAAGAUUGGCUACAGAGACGGCUUGCUGGCAGGGAAGGAGUCGUCUGUGCAGGAGGGGUUCGAUCUGGGGUUCAAGGAAGGGGCAGAAGGAGCUCUGCGUUGGGGGGGAGUCCGGGGGGUUCUCAGUGCGCUAUCGGCAGAGUCGUUCAAGUUACUGAAACUUUUGAUCAGUGAUGGGGAAGGAGAGCAGAGAGGAGGAGGAGGUUGUCCUCCUCCUUCCCAAGGAGCUCUCGAGAAUGUAGUCCGCAGGUUUGACCAGAUUUCGUCUAAGGAUGCCGUCCUGAUGUUUACCGAGGACAGGACCAAGCUCAUGCUCAUGCUUCCUGCCGCUGGUCCUGCUGCUGCUGCUGGUCCUGCUGCUGCUGGUCCUGCUGCUGCUGCUCCUGCUGGUCCUGCUGCUGGUGGUCCUGCUGCUGGUGCUGCUGCUCCUGCUGCUGCUGCUCCUGCUGCUGCUGGUCCUGAUGCUGCUGGUCCUGCUGCUGCUGGCCCUGCUGCUGCUGGCCCUGCUGCUGGCCCAGCUGCUGGUCCUGCUGCUGCUGGUCCUGUUGCUGCUGGCCCUGCUGCUGCUGGCCCUGCUGCUGGCCCAGCUGCUGGUCCUGCUGCUGGAGCUGCUGUGGUCCAUGGGACUCGCUUGCCAGGAGGUUGUUGUGAUACCGUUUGCCCGGAGGAGGAGGAGGAGUUUGUAGUAAGACCAGGAGAAGCAGGGAAACACGAUUUAUGCACAUGCCAGCUCGGUGGAGAAGAGGAGGGGGAGGAGGGUUCGUUAGGGAACAAGCAGGUUUCGUCGUCGAGGCUUGAAGCCUUGUGCAGAGAAGCAGAGGAAGCUGGUGGGCGCAAGCGUGACCGGUUGACGAUGGCUUCGGCACGCGGAGCUAUGCGUGCGCGAUCCUUGGCGACAUCCUGUUUCUCUCUGCUAUCUGAAGUCAGAUCGCAACUAGGAGGUACGCUGUUUGCGGGAUCUUUUUCACGGCAUGCGACGGCCUCAGCUUCUGCUUCAUUGCCUUGCCUUCUGCAGCUGAGAAGCGUCUCGGUGGUGCCGAUGGCUACCCAUGAAUCCAUGACAUUUUCAUCGGAAGGGAUCGGCGGAAUGAAUCUGCUGAAGCGGCAGGUUCCUGCAUUGGCCACCUGUCAGUCGGAGGCUGGGGUGCUGAGUGAGAUGGAGCUUAUGGCUGUGCCGAAGCGAAAGGUGUCCCCGUCACGAAAGGGCAUGAGGAGAUCGGGGAAAGGCCUCAAAGCUGUACCUUUCUUGGUGAAGUGCAAGGCUUGCGGCCGCGUGAAGAUGCCACACUUCUUCUGUUGCUCUGGAACGCCGAAAGUCGAGGCAGCACGAUGACAGCGGAAGCAAGCCUCUGGGGAGUUGCAUAUUCUUGGGAGAACAGGAUAGAGAGGAGAGGGCAGUUUUGCAGGGCGAUGUGUUGGGAGGGGGAGGGGGAAAAAAGGAGAGGGUGGCCAAUUGUUAGAAGGGUGAGGGAAGGGAAGAGCCUCUGGGGAAGGAAGGGGGGGGGGGGGAGAAGGGGGGGAAGGGUAGCGAGCCACCCAUGCGCAUGGGGUGUUUUAUAUCUGAACUGUAUGCUGAGGAAGGGACCUUGAAGGGAUGGUACUUUUUUUUUUCUUUUUGUUGUUUUUUUUCGAGGACGACUGCCUUGAGAUACGAUCUUUGAAUUGAAUUGACCUGAGUUGGGAAAUUUCGGAGUUACGUCUACUCAUCUGAUUCCAUCGGGGCUCGAACUCAGGUCUGCGUUACAACAAUUUGGGGGGGGGGGGGCAUACCAACUGAGCUAGGCCCGUUGAUAAGGCAUGGUACUCGACGGAUUUAAGGACACCCAACUGAGCUAGACCCGUUGAUGAGGCAUGGUACUUGAUGGAUUUGAGGAGUUGGUUUCAGGUUUGACAGGCGGCUGGACGUGAUGAUUCUUCCCCCCAAGGGUAAUUGUUGCUUAGAUUUUGAACUGCCAAAUAGAUUUUUACUAUUUGGCAACGUCUCCGCCAAGGGAUUUGACCAGCUCGCUCUCUCUGUCCUCCUAGUUAACAACCCAAGUGGUUCGUUCGAAUGGGAGCUCGGCUUAGAAACCCGGAUUAUGAUUGUGGGUUGAAGCUCAUUGGGCAAGGCCCAUUCUGAAUGCAUGCUCAAAUGGGGAAAGUUCUCCUGUGCUUGCAGCGGCGAACCUGGUUUCCCGAUAAGCAAGUGGAACUGCCUCAAAGAUCCACCCGAUCCUGGAAGAAAGGGAGACAUGCGGGGGGGGAGGAGGGGGGGGGGCGCUGAGAGUACGGAAUGGCUCGGCAGCAACACCCGAUCAUCCUGACGACCCGUCCUGUUGUCCCCGUAUGGUUGGAAUACUACUUCAUCAGGGGAUGUCUAGAGGUAGCCUUUUCAGCAGACGAGCGCAGGAUGUACAAGCCAAGCGAGGUGGAGAUUCUUUCUAGAAGUUGGAAGAGAAUUGUUGUUCGUGUGAGAGCUUAAUCCACCAGUACUUGGAGGUUUCCUUUCACUGAAGCGGAGUCCCUUCUGCGCGCCAAUGAGAAAUAAACUUUCUGGCCGGGCCCACCAUCCAUUUGUCUCCGGUAGGCAGACACCAAGACUUGCAGCAUGUGCACAGCCGCGUUGGAGAGAAAUGGCUGGGAAAUGCUUUGUUUGACGAGGGAGUCGCUGCAGCUUGGAGUUUGAUGGAGCUGCAGGUAUGAGGCGUAUCCUGCUGGCGUUGGCUGUUGCUGUGGUGGACCCUAUGAGCACGAGAUGCACACAGAGCAUCUCGACAGAACAUCUGUGAAUGUAUAGCAGCGUGGGAGGGAUGUGACGGAAGGGCGCCUGUUCCGUCAUGCAAGUCCGGCAGGAUAUAUAUGGUGCCUCACUUUGUGGCAGAGGCAGUAGACAUGUCCUCUCUGAAGACAAGAAUCACGCAUGGAGAACGAGUUGUCGAUUGAGGCACGCAGAGGAUCGGGACUGAACAUAUGUGAAUGGAUAGCAACACGGCAGGGAUGUGACAGAAGGACGCCUGUUCCGUCAUGCAAAGGCAGUAGACCUGUCCUCUCUGGAGGCAAGAAUCGCGCACAGAGCACGAGUUGUCAACUGACGCACACAGAGGAUCGGGACUGAACAUAUGUGAAUGGGUAGCAACACGGGAGGGAUGUGACAGAAGCACGUCGGUUCCAUCAUGCGAGACCAGCAGGAGAUCGUGUACGGCUUUGUCGCAGAUACCGUAGACGUGCUCUCUGAAGGCAAGACUCGGGCAUGGAGGAGACCACGGGGUCGACUCAAGUGACUACGGCUGUAAAAUAAUAAUAACGAGUGAUGAGGGAUAUGGCGGCAGAAGUACAUGCAGGUAGUGACAGGAGUGUGUGCAUCGCCCUGUGGUUGUGGUCGGGAGCCAAGGUACGCUUGGGUACUGUGCCAGGGGCUGGGAAAUCAGUCCGGUCACUCGAGUGUGGAUGGCGGCGCUCUGGUUGUGAUCGGAAAACCGGUCUUGUCAGCCGUGACAUGAAAGGUCAGGUCUCCUGCUGCUGUCACUUUGAGUUGUGCGCGUACUGCAGGAAAUUAACUGUAAUUUCUGCAAAUGGCAAAAUGCUUCUGUCGCGUAAAAAGGCACGAGUCAC